CAUUUGGAAGACCAUUUAUUGAAAGUCAUCGAAAUAUUUAUGAUACUAUAGAUACAGAACACGAAAAUGUUUAUGAUUUAACAAAAAAAGCAUACGAAAAAGUAAAAGCAACUGGGAAAGGAUCAUUUCAUUACGAUUAUUCUCUUUUAAGUAUUGCUGGAGAUCAGCCAGAAGAAAAAUAUAUUAUUACAUCAUUUAAUCCGAUUUUUAAAGCAGAUGGAUCAUUUUGUGCUAUGUUUGGUAUACUUGUUGAAACAACUGAAAAGAUUUUGACACUGCGAAGGUUAAAAUCUAUCCAUGACAUGGGAAAUAGGCUUAAUGGUUGGUAA